AUGGUUUCCAAUCACGACAACAGUCUGCCGCCUGAACUGAACUGGGAGCCCUCUGCUUUAAUGCAAGCCCAGGCGGAUGACUGCCUCCAGCGAACCAACUGGGAGGCCCUAACCAGGUUUGCCUCUCGUGCCAACGGCGAAUCACCGUGCAAGCUGCAUGCUCCCUAUGCAGUGGGCGGCAGCUUUCUCGUGCGGUUGCUCGAGUUCCAAGACGGGACCCGCGGGGUCGCCCGUGUUCAGCUUCGGAAGUCGACCCCAGAGUCGUCUCGAAAGUUGCUCAUCGACAUUGACACAACCUUGCUGCUCAAGGAGAAAACCAAGUCUCCGGUCCCUCGGAUCUUCGCAUUCAGGCUUGACGAUGCCAAUGCAGCGAGGUCUGCCUUCGUUUUGCUCGAGUUCUUGCCUGGCAACAACGCCGCGGAUGAAGCUCGCAGUUAUGUAAGGACCGAUUGGGGCCUCAUACCACUCCAGCAUCGUCAUACAUUCCAUCGCACUAUGGCGGCUGCUCACGUUCAAAUUGCAUCCGCCCGCCUCCCGCAGAUUGGCGCUGUUACUCGCAAUACAGAUGGCCGAUUCACCGUGGGUCCAAUCCCGGGUAUUGGGGGGCCAUUUGACACGGCAGCAUCCUUCAUCCAGGGGUGGGCUGCGAGGAUGAAAUUCCCCUCCGACGAAGGCUAUCUCCGGGAGCAUCUCCCGCCUUCAGUAGUCGACGAAAUCCUCGAGGGGAACAGCCAAUUCCCGUCCCGGCUUGCCAAGUUGGCAAGCGACGGCAAGCAGUUCACGCGUUCAGGACCCUUCCCAAUUCGCCACAGCGAUCUCUUCCACAGCAACGUGAUCGUCACAAAGGCCUACGAAGUCCUGGGUGUCGUCGAUUGGGAAAACGCGUACACGGUACCGUGGGAGCUGGUUGACGCCCCUUGGUUCUUGAGCACGGUACCUCGCCUUUUGAACAGGCCAGACCAAUACGAUGACGAAGGCCGGCCGUUGGACAAAGAUGAAGCCGGGCAGUGGGCGGACGAAGAGGCUUAUGCUGAAAUGGUGCGGGAGGCCGAGCUCGAUGCUCACGCCGACAAAAACCUCUCCCGGAUGCUCGCCGACCGAGAUUCUCAAGUCUUGGCUUCCACAAUUCAUCGAUUCACUCAGGGCAAGAUGGGCUUCUACGGCCGCGUACUGGACUAUGUCGAUGCAAAGUAA